AUGCUUCAUCAUGCCAAACUGGACAAGUAUUUCUGGGCCAAAGCAGCGAUGACGGCCAUCUACGUCAAGAAUCGACUGCCGUCACCUAAAGUCGUGCACAAGACCCCGUUCGAGAUCGUCUACAACUUGAAACCAAGCGUCAAGCACAUGCGAACAUUCGGGUGUCAGACAUACAUACUGACGCCUAAAGAGAAUCGACUCAAGUGGGAUCCAAAGGCUCGCGCUGGCAUAUUCGUGGGCUACGAAGAAGUUUCGAAGGCAUAUCGUGUUUAUGACAUCGAGGCGGGGCAGGUGGUUAUCAGCCGCGAUGUCAACUUCGACGAGUCCACCUUUGGACUUCAACUGCCGAUCACUGAUGAAGAUGUCGAUGACCUGGACUUCGAAUUGCUGGAUCUUGAUGACGAAGAGCUGCGUCAAAUGGAGUACAAGCAAACAGGCAAGCGCAAGAACCGACUCAAUGAUGAAGAUACAGCAGCUCCACGACCGCGUGCAGUGCGUCAACGACCAGGACUAGAAGAGUCAAGCGCGCCGGAAAACAACUCGUCACGACAAGAAGAAGACGAAGAAACGAAGGAUUCUGGUGAUUCAACACCGCCUGUGUUUUGGCGUGCGAGUGCAAAUGCCGUUGAAGCAGCAGUGGACUUAUCAGAACCCUCAACAUUUGAAGCAGCAGUAAGCGGCCCUGACCAAGUGCACUGGAGAAAAGCAAUUCAUGCAGAGCUCGAGUCAAUGCGACUUCGCGGUGUGUUUCGUGCAGCCAAGCUGCCCAACGGACAACGCGCCAUUGGCACAAAAUGGGUGUUCAAGAUCAAGCGCAAGGCGGAUGGGUCAAUCGAGAAGUACAAGGCACGACUUGUGGCCAAGGGUUUCCGCCAAAAGUAUGGCAUCGACUACACGGAGACGUUUUCGCCUGUGGUCAAGUAUUUGACACUGCGAAUGGUGAUCGCAAUUUCCAAGCAUUUUGGAUGGCCCAUCGACCAGCUUGAUGUGGUGACAGCUUUCCUGUAUGGCGUCAUGAAGGAACAAGUGUUCUGCGUGAUUCCUGAAGGCGUCGAACUUGACAGUACGUUCGACUGCCUGGAAUUGGUGAAGUCAAUUUACGGCCUCAAGCAAGCGUCGCGAGUGUGGAACGAGACGUUCGACGAGUAUGUGUGCUCCAUCGGAUUUCAAGUAUCGGACUUCGACCCAUGUCUCUACAUCAAGACUUCGGACGGCCAUUGCGUGUUUAUACUGGUCUACGUGGACGACUUCUUGGUGACUGGAAGCUCACUCGAGCUGAUUGCACAAACCAAGAACGACCUGAAGACGCGGUUCAAAAUGACGGACAGCGGCAAGUGUGCGUUUGUUCUUGGGAUCGAGCUUUUGGACGGUGAAGAUGGCAGUGUGACACUAUGUCAGCGUCGGUAUGUCGAUGAUAUCCUCAAGCGCUUUGGCAUGGAUGAUUUCAAGGCAGUCGCAAGUCCAGUCGACAUGAGCUCUCUACUUGUUUCAAGUGAUGCAACUACCAAGGUCGAUGCUCCUUUUCGCGAAGCUGUUGGUGCGUUGAUGCACCUGACCACUGCAACGCGUCCGGACAUUGCGUUUGCUGUGGGCUAUGUGUCGCGGUUCAUGGAAAAUCCCCAAGAAGAACACUGGGUUGCAGUUAAGCGUAUCUUUCGCUACCUACAAGGCACCAAGACGCAUGGAAUUUGCUACAAGCCAAGUGCAAGGAUCGACUUCCGUGGAUUUUCGGAUGCGGAUUGGGCUGGUGAUCUUACCGACCGCAAGUCAACAUCGGGGUACACGUUCAUGCUACUCGGUGCGCCAGUCAGUUGGGGCAGCAAGAAGCAGCCAAGUGUUUCGUUGUCCACGAGUGAAGCCGAAUACAUCGCACUCAGCUUGGCGAUUCAAGAGGGCAAGUGGAUUCAUCGUCUGCUUUGUGAGAUCGUGAUGGCUGCCAAUGAAGAAGGACCGGAACUCAUGAUCCAUGAAGACAAUCAGUCGUGUAUCAAGAUGACGAAGAACCCAGUCAACCACGGCCGUGCCAAGCACAUUGAUAUCAAGUACCAUCACAUCCGUGAUGAGGUCAAGCGCGGUGAAGUGAAGCUCAAGUACUGUGAAACUGCGGUGAUGUUAGCGGACACCAUGACGAAGGGACUUCACGGGCCACGCCACAAGGAGAUGACGGCGACUCUCGGGAUUCGUGAGCAUUCGGAUUGA